GAAGUGGUGGCUCGGAAAUCCAGCACAUUGCAUCGAAACUUAUUCUAAGACCUCAUUUCCCGGUCAUUCACUAUAGAUAACCAAAGGGAGCGAUGGCAUGGCUCAGUUUUCUCCCGACUUGGAUUUUCGUUGCUUCUAUAGCAUGCACAGCCGUGUCAAAAGGAGAGCAAGAUGGAGAUCCAGAAGAGGGCAAAUGCAACCGAGCUUUUCCACUACCACGGCUGCAGAAGCAGAAUUCCUACCGGGUGAAAUGCAGAUAUCUGUGUCGAGGGUGGCCACGGCGCUUUCAGGCCGAGCCUGAUGGAAUUACUUGUGGGGUCUUCGGACGUUUUUCUAACAGACGUUACUGCAGUGGCGGAAAGUGUGUAAGACGUAAGUCGGUACAAGGAACUACUACUGAUGGAGGUCUCCCCGGCAUUUCAUCUACAACCAGCACCCGGACGCCACCGCAAAUUGAUACGAGUGGUGAAACCAACAACAAUGCCGGCCUCUCGCCUACAACCCAGAUGCCUCCAGAAGUUGAUACAAUUGAUGAAACAAACAACUAUUCCGGCACUUCACCUACAACUAGCACCGUGACGCCUCCGCGAAUUGAUACAAGUGGUGACACAAACAACAAUGCCGGCACUUCACCUACAAUCGGGACGCCUCCACAAGUAGAUACAAUUGAUGAAACCAACAACAGUUCCAGCACUCUGCCUUGAAGCAGAUCCCGGAUGACUUCACGAAUUGAUGCAAUUGAAUGAACUAGUAAUGAUACCAUCACCUCCGGUGACGCUACAAUCAAGGAGUCUAAUUACCCGCAGUCUUAAAAACGGGCAAUUAAAGAAGAAAAUGGUGGCUCAGUCUACUAAACCUGCAUUCGAGACACACAGAUGGAGCAAAAUAAAGUUAUUUUCCAUUCUCAA